CGUACCCAUCAUGGCCUCUGAGCAGCAGCUGGUCAGACCGAUCAGACGGACCCAGCCCGUCAGACACCGGCACCGGUGAAGAGGCUCCAUGUGUCCCUCAUCAUCUCCAUCAUCGUCGGUCAGAUAUCUGAGCAGAAGGGCUGCGCUCCGCAAGCCCGGUGCCAGCAUGGAUAAGGAUGACACCAUUAAUCUGUCCGUGCAGCGGGUCCUCAGUCUCUUGGUCCAGGGCACGGUACCGACCUUAAAGGACUUCACAGAAAUGUGGUACUGUGUGUUUCUCUGGUGUCUCUUCUCGUCUCUCUUCGUCUACGGUGCUGUGGGUCUGCUAAUGUGCGUGACGCUGCAGCGUCAUAAGAGAGGGCGCUUCAUCACGGUGGUCCUCAUCAGCGUGGGUUUCCUCGCAUCCCUCACUGGAGGGGUCAUCACCAGUGCGGCCGUGGCAGGUGUGUAUCGUGUGGCGGGAAAAGGCAUGACUCCAUUAGAAGCUCUGGUGUUUGGCAUGGGCCAGACGGCGUUCACCGUCGUCAUUUCAUUCUCACGAAUACUCGCCACGCUCUGAACGGACAGACUGGCACACGGAUACAGCCAAUCAGCUCACAGAAGAGGAGACAGUGGGUGUGGCUGGGGUGAGUGGCCUUUGGAACGGUGAGACGGAUGAGCCGCUGUAUAAACUCUGUGGAAAGGCGUCGAUCGGUUCAGAUCAACUCGAUGCAAAAUCAGCGUAAGAGCUGUGCACAAGCCUUUGUCAGAAUCUCAAUCAACGUGCCAAUUGCCUUGACGGUGAACUACGAUGACUCUUUACACGUCUUGAACAUUUGUUGUUUUUGCACUCGGAUCUCUGCAGCUUUAUGCCGAUGAAGCCGUAAUGCAGUAAAGUGGAAACAAACUGCGACCGUGAUCACGCCAUAAUCUGUCUCUCUUUCAUAUUCCCUUUUCUUUCACGCUCUCCCACACGAGCUGAGCGGUCGGAAACAUUCCUGUUUGUGUGCAAAGAUUUUCUCUCUGUUAUCACAUCACCAUUUCUUCCACUUUGCACAUUUUACAUGUUGUUGGAAGGUGCUUCAAUGCUCUAAAAGUAUACUAAGAUGUUAAGGAGAAAUCUGAAUUGAUCCAUAAUGGAACAAAUCCUUUUUCAAACGGAAACGAUUAACACUGAUAUUUAGAUUUCUCUAAGGCAUUGAUUGUUCGAUGUCAUCCGUCGGUUUGGAUUAUAUCAUGGGUACGUUCAUCCUGUAGAUGUUGAAAACUAUACUCUUGUCCUUGUAAAUGACUAGUCUUAUGUAUAAUCCACUUUAUCCAGCAUUACUGUGGCAAUACUAUCCCAGCCCAUAUACAGAGACUCUAAACCUUAGGCCUUAAAAGACGAGACAAACUCUCGUGCGUUGAGUGUAUGUGAGAAUUCAUCCUGAACUGAUUCAACACACUUUGAAAGACUAUUGAGGAGUUGAAUCGUAAGGCGAUCCUCUUUCCCUCGGGUUUCCUCUGCCGCACGCCACACGGCUGCAUUAAAAACAUGGUGAUGUUGGGGUACAUAAAUGUAUUGUGCUUGAAAGUUCGGAUGCAGGAGUUCUACUAAGGCCAUGAGGAAACAAAUGGAUUUUUGGCUGUUGAUUGGAUGUGUGAAAACUGCAGAUCGCACGUGUGAUAUUGUAGGAUGCCUUCCAUAAGAUUCCCAGUAUAUGCAGCAAAUGUGUCAAUAUUUGAAGAUAUUGGUUGAACAAUGUGAAAUAUGUUUUACCUCACACUUGCCACUGGCAUGUUCACAGCAAAUAAUGUUUUAUUUUGCGUAUUUUAUGCUGUGGUGAAGUGAUGUGAAAGACCAUUUGAGAUUCUGAACUUAAAGGAAUGUCACCCAAAAAAUGGUCCCCGAUGACUUUCCAUAGUAAUAAUGAAAUGUACUUCAAGUCAAUGGGGAUCAUUUUGGGGUGAACUAUCCUUUAAUCAUUUGUGAAAAAAGUGUAUUUUAUAUUUAUUUUAUUUAAAACAUCUUUUAUUUCUGGUAGCACUUUCUAUGAGGUCGUUUAGUUUUAGUCUUAUACCGUAUAUAUACUGUAUAUAUACACUUCAUAUAUUUACAGGCCAAAUCUAUCAUUUUUUUCAUUAUGUUGAAAAGUUGAUUUCAUAACCAUUUGCAACUAAAUUAUUAUGCUGUCAAGUAUUACUUUUAAAGUAUUUAAAAAAACCUGCAUUUUCAAAUGGUGUUACAAAACCGCUUCGAACCGAUGCCAAAUUCUUUCUUUUUGUAUGAAGCGGUACAAAAAACGCAUUAUUCAUAUAGAUCUUAUUUUCUACAAAAAUCCUUUAUAUUUUCAUAUAUGUUAAAUGUCUAUUAACAUUUAUUCCUUUCGUGAUCAUUGUGUCAAAGCAAAUAACAUCUGCAGGUCGCUUCAACACAUUGUGUGGUAUGAAAGAAGUGAUGUCUGAUGUCACAGAUACUCACAAGAUUUCUUUGUUUAAGCCAAAGUAUUCUUUAUCACUUCAGCUUUAGUACUUUUUAAUUGAAUGUUUUUUUUUAACCCGAUCGUUUGACUUUUGUAUUUUGCAAACUUCUUAGCACUGAUUCAUGAACCCGUUUUAAGACUCACAGAAACAAGCUUGAGGCUGUUUCUUCUUUUGUUGUUACUGUGAAAGAUUUUCUGAUUUUAUGUUGUAAUUUAAGGUAUGUAUGAGGACAUGGGAUGAUAAUUUCAUUCAGAUGCAACUAGAAUUUUGCGUCAAUUUGAGAUGAGCCCAGCAGAGGGCGCCAGUGUACUGUGAAUGAGCGUUUAUUGCAGAUCAAACGAUUGUAGUUUUGGUCUGCACCCUUUAUUAUUAUCUAAUUAUUUUAUUGAGUCAUGUUGAGAGAGUCAUUAUUUUGUUUAUUUAUAUUUAAAGUUUUAGUUUUUUAUUUAUAGUACUUCUCAGUACUGUUGGUUUUACUAGGCUGUGCCUCAAAUUGCAUUGAACCAUUCCAUUUAUAGUAUAAUUUGGCAGUAUAUAGGCCUAUACAGUGGACAUUAUGGGAGUUUUUUGCAUGUAUUGAAUACCCAGAUGAUCACCAUACAUUUACCAAAAGGUGCUGUAUAUCUAGUGUACACUAUACAGUGUGCUCAUCCAUCAUACAGUGCAGUACGUCUGACAAACCGCAAAAAAAUAAUGCAUUUUACAACUCAUUAAAUGAAAAAAAGCCAGAUUAAAUAAAAAACAAUCAUGCUUAAAUACAAAAUAGUGAAUGUUUCCAAGAAAUAUUAUUGGUACAUUUUUUCAUAUACACAAUUAAUUGACAGUAUACAAUUAAUAUUGUUCAGUAAAUGAUACACUAGUAUUUAAUCCAAAAUGUAGCCACAAACAUUUCAAUAACGUCUUUUUGCACAUUUAUACCAUUGAAAAUAAUGUUUUCCUUUAAUAGGCUAAUAUGUUUUGAUGACUUUCAAGGUAGGAGGAAAUCUGACAUGAAUUGUUAAAGGAAGAAAACAUUUCGGCACACAGGCCUGUAUACUGGGAUGUAGAUGCUGGUUGUGUAUACAGUAUAUAGAGUUUCUUUCUUCAACAAUUUUUUUGUAUACUUGCUCUUUUCAAGCACCUUAUUAAUAAGGGAAGUUGCCGAGACCAGAAUAACAUCAGAUUAACUACAACACACAUCAAUAUAAAAAAUACACUUUAUAAUUAAUUUCAACACAAGUUCAAAUUGAAAUAAAAAUAGCAAAAAUGGAGAAAGAAGGAAACCUAUGACCCUAUAAUGUGUGUCCAGCAUGGUUUGUGUUUGAAUGAAUGAGUUUCUAAUGAAGAAACUCAAGCUCUUGGUUUCUUGUUUUGUCAUAAAUAUAAGGUUUGUGUACAUGUUAGAGUCGUGUUACAGCAUGCCGUCAGUGUUGUUUGGUUGUGUGUAUUUUAACUAUCAUCAAAUGUUUCACUUUUGAGAUUUGAUGAUUAUUUGAUAUGCCAUUUAUUUUUUAAAUUUAGAAAGAUGUUUUUAAGUGCUUUUAUUAUUGCUGCCUUUGAUACUCUGUAUGAUUUUUUGAAAACAUUUAUUUUGUUAUAUUAUGUUGUUGAAGAAACGGAAAGAUUCGCUUUUGUUGGUCUGCACAUUUUAAGGGCCAUGAAACUAACAGCUGCUCUGGGGUGGACGGCCAAUCAGAUUCACAUCUGCUGUGAUUCCUUGAGAACUUUCCUUGAGAAAAGUAGUUUUAUUUUCAAAUGUAAAUGUGCCAUAAAUGGUUGGAUUGAGGAUUGGAGGAUUCAAUCAGUUUCCUGUUUAUAAUGGUUUCAGAUCUCUGGAAAUACUUGAGACGGAGAAUAUUGAGAAUAUUGCAAUACACAGAGAUCCAUGAUACCGAACACAUCCCAGACUCACACUUGUGUUUCCUUGUUAACAUACUGUAGGCCUACAAUGAUUUCACAAAGUCACAAACAGCUCCCCAGCGAUUGCAUGCGAAAAUGCAGCUCCGCUCGGACUGGAAAUGGCUUGUGUAAAUAGUGUACAAUAUCUUCUUUUUUAUUUUUUUAUCUGCAGACAUCUGUGCUUUUCAGCAGAUCUAUUUCUGUACAAAUGUUCCUCUGUAAAAACAAACACCUGCAGUCGGUUGAAAUAAAAACAUUUGCAGUAAAAGUAA